AUGCUGGUCAACACCACUGUCUCGCAUAUCAGUCCGCUCCUUACCUAUCUUCCGGCGAUCGCGUGGUACGAAGCUACACUGCAAGUGGAUUCGUCGUUGCUUGCGUAUCCCAAUGCGAGCUACCAUGCGACCAACUCUACUGGCGCUAGCAUCAGCUUUUCUUGGUGGGGAAAAGGCUUGUGGGUCUAUGGCGCAUACCGCGAGGCACUUGGUCGCUACCAAAUAACGCUCGACGGGAAUUCCACCGAGUUCAAAGGGUUUACCGGGGGACUAGAUACAUCGGCGUACCAACUUUUCGGCGCUCCCAACCUACCUAUGGGUCAGCAUCACAUCCGCAUGGUCAACAUUGGCGACGACCCAGCACAACCCAUGUUUGAUUUUGACUAUCUGAUUUUUGAGAGCGAAGCGGGCAAUACCAUGGUGUUUGAUCAUACAAGCGAUAAGUGUGUUUGGCUGCCGGCGAACGCUGAAGCAUGGGCUGUAGAUGCGGUCUCUCACAAAAAUCAAACAGAGGCACUCAUUUCAGACAUAGGGACCGGUAUCGCCGUAUACGGGGUGUUGAACGCGCAAAGUUCGGGAUUUGGCGUGACUGUUGACGAUGUUACCGGCUUCCCGCUCUCUCCGCAUGCAGCACACAACCCGGCGACCAACGAAUCAACCCUGCUCUAUAUGAAGACGGACCUCUAUCAGGGCAACCACACCUUCUGGAUCCAGAACGACCGGCCAUCGGGUAGCGCGACAGCGACCCAGUUGAGUAUAUCGUCCGUGGUCGUCUUCUCCGACGUCGAGGCCUCCCCGACUCAGAGCAAUUCCGCGUCUGCGAACCCUAGGUGA